AAAGACAGAGAAAGGCAUAGAUGGAUCAACAGAAAAAAGAAAGAAUCAGCAUGGGAAAUGACAAAAAAUUUGUAUGAUGCGUGGUCGGGUUACAAACGGCCAGUAGUAACACUAAUAGGAUUGGCACCAGCUUCUGUGAUGGAAGAUUAUAUUCAGAAGACCACAAAAUUAAAUUUUUUGUAGAGAAUAGAGGAAAUGCGCCAAGAGGAGCUGGGCAGAAGAUGCAGAGGCGCUACUUCCUGGUCCAAUCCCCUACAGAGCGAGAAACAGCGACCCGGCCAGGGUUCCCGCAGCAAACCGCAGCCCCCGGACACACAGCAAGCUUAAGAGUCACUGCAUGAAUGAAACGCGCUGCCUCCUGGUACCCUGGCUAUCACCCAAAGUGACCUGCGUAGCCCGCACAGCCUUUCUGGCAGUAUCUGCGGCCCCGCGCCGGGCCUGCGCUUCCAGCCACCGCCCACCAUUCUACAGGUGCAGCGCCAGCCGAAUUCUCCGAUCCGCGGCCGCUUCCGAGAGCCGCCAACUGCUUCCAGGUUCAAAAGCCUCCAAUCCGAAUCCCAGCGCCGCUCGUGCGCACCAAUUUAGGGAAAAGGCUCCGCCCAUGCCUCGCCCCCUGAGACCUGGCGCCCGGCGCGUUGAGGCCCGGCCUACUCCCCUGCUGGGCACGGGGAACGGGCGUCUUCUGUCCUUGUGGUCCGCUUCUAGGCUUUUUGGGGCAUCUUCCAGGGUCACUCCAGAGACCCCCCAGACUACUGAAUCUGAAUCCGUUAGGGUGGUUCAACCUUCCUCUUCAGGUGUCUACUAGAGGCAAGGUUGGAUGUAUGCGGCUGCCCUCAAUACAGCUCCUUCCUGGUUUUUUCUUCAUUUAUGUUUACUUAAAAUAUUAAUCCUUUUUUCCCUCUCCUCCAUCCCUCUCCCUCCCCUACUAUACGGUUAUUGGCUUACACUAAUUCAUUCCCGAUGAUCUCUGAGAAGGAAAUAAAUGUCUGUCUGUCUCUGUCUCUGUACCGUCAUCUUCUUGGUACAAUGUGGACUAUUUUUUUCUCUACACCCCAGUUAUGCAAAGUGUAGUCCCUGAACCAGCAGCCUCAGCAUCCUGAGGGAAUUUGUUAAAAACGCCAAAUCUCAAGCCCUACCCAGACUUACUGAAUCAGCAUCUGCAUUGCAACAAGAUCCCCUGGUAAUUCCUAUGCACAUCAAAAUUCGGAAGGCACAGCUCUCAACUGAUGUCCUUGGGUCUCCCUCACAUCCAUCCUGGGAAGGUUUCAUUCCUCAUACCUGAGGGAGGCUUCUUAAGGAAUGGAGGAAAGUGGAUGUUUUCAAGGCUGGAGUGCAAUGGCGUGAUCUCAGCUCACUGCAACCUCUGCCUCUCGGAUUUAAGUGAUUCUCCUGCCUCAGCCUCCUGAGUUGCUGGGAUUACAGGAUUAGAAAAGCACUUGGGAGGCCCAUUAAUCUUGCCGGCGUUGUCAGGAGUGAUCAGCGAGUUUUAUUAAAAGCUCCGGGAUUGCCUGAAAGGCCUCCUUGUCUGACUUUGAAAUGAAAGGGGCAUGCUAAGAUCUCGGGGCACAUUGUCAGGACCCCUCGCCCUGCCCCUUGGACUAUGAGCUGACCCUCCAGGAGGAAGCACAGAAGCCCUCCUUUGUUAAAGGGAUUUCGCCGGUGGACAGAAAGGAGUUGGGCCCUGUCAGCAUGAACUCUCUGAGUUGGGGGGCUGCGAAUGCCCUGCUGCUGGUGCUCCUCCUGGCCUGGGCCAGCUCCACCUUCAUCAGCAUCAACCGUGGGGUGAGGGUGAUGAAGGGCCACUCCGCCUUCCUGUCAGGAGAUGACCUGAAGUUUGCCAUCCCUAAAGAGAAAGAUGCCUGCAAAGUGGAAGUUGUGAUGAAUGAGCCAAUAACCCAGAGGGUUGGGAAACUCACUCCACAGGUCUUUGACUGCCAUUUCCUUCCCAAUGAAGUCAAGUAUGUUCACAAUGGUUGUCCAAUUCUUGAUGAAGACACAGUGAAGCUCAGACUUUACAGGUUUACUGAAACAGAUACCUUCAUAGAAACCUUUAUCCUGUGGGUCUAUCUCCUGGAACCAGACUGUAACAUCAUCCGUAUGAGUAACAGUGUGCUGGAGGUGCCUGAAUUCAAUGGCCUGUCCCAAGCGAUUGAUAAAAAUCUGCUCAGAUUUGAUUAUGAUAGGAUGGCUAGCCUGGAAUGUACGGUCAGCCUGGACUCUGCGAGAACUCGGCUGCCAGCCCAUGGCCAGAUGGUUCUGGGGGAGCCUCGACCAGAAGAACCUCGUGGAGAUCAGCCACACAGUUUUUUCCCAGAGUCCCAACUGGGAGCAAAACUGAAGUGUCCAGGUGGAAGCUGUACCCCAGGAUUAAAGAAAAUAGGAAGCCUUAAAGUGAGCUGUGAGGAGUUCCUGCUGAUGGGCCUUCGUUAUCAGCAUCUGGAUCCCCCUUCACCCAACAUUGAUUAUAUCUCCAUCCAACUGGACCUCACAGAUACCAGGAGUAAAACUGUGUACAAGUCAGAGAGUGCGUGGCUGCCUGUCUAUAUCAGAGCUGGAAUUCCGAAUCAGAUUCCAAAGGCUGCAUUCAUGGCCAUGUUUAUUCUGGAAGUGGAUCAGUUCAUCCUGACCUCCUUGACUACAUCAGUUCUGGACUGUGAAGAAGAUGAGACCCCUAAACCCUUGCUGGUGUUCAAAAUUACUAAAGCCCCGCUCCAGGGCUAUGUGACUCACCUGUUGGAUCACACCAGACCAAUCUCCUCAUUCACCUGGAAAGAUCUCAGUGACAUGCAGAUCGCCUAUCAGCCACCAAACAGCAGCCAUUCUGACAGGAGACAUGAUGAGGUAGAAUUGGAGGUAUACGACUUCUUCUUUGAAAGGAGUGCACCUAUGACAGUCCACAUCUCCAUCAGAACAGCAGAUACAAAUGCCCCCCGUGUAUCCUGGAAUACAGGUCUGAAUCUCCUUGAGGGGCAGUCUCGAGCCAUCACUUGGGAACAGUUUCAGGUUGUCGACAAUGAUGACAUUGGUGCUGUCCGGCUGGUCACUGUUGGUGGCCUGCAGCAUGGAUGGCUGACUUUAAGAGGGGGGAAGGGAUUUCUCUUCACUGUGGCUGACCUCCAGGCUGGAGUUGUUCGCUAUUAUCAUGAUGACAGCGACUCCACCAAAGACUUCGUGGUCUUCCGGAUAUUUGAUGGCCAUCACAGCAUCCGUCACAAAUUCCCCAUCAACGUCUUGCCCAAAGAUGAUAGUCCCCCAUUCCUCAUAACCAAUGUUGUGAUUGAACUGGAGGAGGGGCAGACCAUCCUGAUCCAGGGAUCCAUGCUGCGAGCUUCAGAUGUGGAUGCUAGUGAUGACUAUAUCUUCUUCAAUAUCACAAAGCCUCCACAGGCUGGGGAGAUCAUGAAGAAGCCAGGGCCAGGACUGAUAGGCUAUCCUGUCCCUGGCUUCCUUCAGAGGGAUUUGUUUAAUGGAAUCAUUUAUUAUCGUCACUUUGGUGGAGAAAUCUUUGAAGAUUCUUUUCAAUUUGUCCUGUGGGACAGCCAUGAACCUCCAAAUCUUUCAGCGCCACAGGUGGCAACAAUCCAUAUCACUCCAGUGGAUGACCAGCUUCCAAAAGAGGCUCCUGGAGUUUCUCGGCAUUUGGUUGUCAAGGAAACUGAGGUGGCCUAUAUAACUAAGAAACAGCUACAUUUUAUAGAUACGGAAUCAUAUGACAGGGAGCUGGUCUACACAAUAACUACUCCUCCAUUUUUCUCCUUCAGCCACAGACACUUGGAUGCUGGGAAGUUAUUUAUGGUGGACAGCAUACCAAAAGUAGUUAAGAAUCCUACGGCCCUGGAGCUGAGGUCAUUCACUCAGCAUGCUGUGAACUAUAUGAAAGUGGCCUACAUGCCCCCCAUGCAAGACAUUGGUCCCCAUUGCAGAGAUGUCCAGUUCACGUUUUCUGUCAGUAACCAACAUGGCGGCACUUUGCAUGGAAUCUGCUUUAACAUUACAAUCCUCCCAGUGGACAAUCAAGUUCCUGAGGUGUUCACCAACCCUCUGAAAGUGACUGAGGGAGGUCAAAGCGUCAUCAGCACAGAGCACAUUCUGAUUUCUGAUGCAGAUACCAAGCUGGACAAUAUUGAUCUCUCCCUGCGGGGACUGCCUCUGCAUGGAAGGGUGGAGCUGAAUGGAUUUCCUCUAAAUUCAGGGGGCACAUUUUCUUGGGGCGAUCUCCAUACCUUAAAAGUUAGGUAUCACCACGAUGGAUCUGAAGUUCUUCAGGAUGACAUACUCUUGGAGGUCACUGAUGGCACAAAUUCUGCAGAAUUUGUUCUACAUGUUGAGGUAUUCCCUGUCAACGAUGAGCCACCAGUCUUAAAGGCUGAUCUCAUCCCUGUCAUGAAUUGCUCAGAGGGAGGAGAGGUGGUCAUCACCUCUGAAUACAUUUUUGCUACUGAUGUGGACAGCGAUAACUUGAAGUUGAUGUUUGUGAUUGCUCGCGAACCUCAGCAUGGGGUGGUGAGGAGAGCUGGAGUCACAGUGCAUCAGUUCUCUCAGAGAGAUGUUAUCUCAGAGGCCGUGACAUACAAACACACAGGUGGCGAGAUUGGCAUGAUGCCUUGUUUUGACACCAUUACAUUGGUGGUUUCGGAUGGAGAGGCUGGCCCUUUUGUGAAUGGCUGUUGCUACAAUGGACCCAAUCCAUCUGUUCCACUUCAUGCGUCCUUUCCAGUGUAUGAUCUCAACAUCACGGUACACCCAGUAGACAACCAGCCACCUUCCAUUGCAAUAGGUGCCAUGUUUGUUGUAGAUGAGGGCUGCUCAACAGCCCUUACCAUUAACCAUUUGUCCGCCACUGACCCUGACACUGCAGCAGAUGACUUGGAAUUUGUUUUGGUUUCUCCUCCCCAGUUUGGCUACCUUGAAAAUAUACUCCCUUCUGUGGGUUUUGAAAAAAGCAAUAUUGGCGUAAGUAUAGAUUCAUUUCAGUGGAAAGACAUGAAUGCUUUUCACAUUAACUAUGUGCAGUCCAGGCAUCUGAGGAUAGAACCAACUGCCGACCAGUUCACGGUGUACGUCACAGAUGGGAAGCAACACUCCUUGGAGAUACCAUUUUCUAUUAUAAUCAACCCCACAAAUGAUGAAGCUCCUGACUUUGUAGUGCAGAAUAUUACUGUGUGUGAGGGUCAGAUGAAAGAGCUGGACUCUUCAAUCAUCAGCGCUGUGGACCUGGACAUUCCCCAGGAUCCCCUGCUGUUCACCAUCACUCAAAAGCCACGCCAUGGCCUCCUCAUCUAUAGGGGGUUUAGCAAAGACUUCUCUGAGAAUAAGCAGCCAGCCAACCCUCACCAGAAACAUGUACCUGUUGACAGCUUUUCCAUGGAACUCCUCAAGACUGGAAUGAGGUUGACGUACAUGCAUGAUGACUCAGAGAGCCUUGCUGAUGAUUUUAUAAUCCAAUUGUCAGAUGGGAAACAUAAGAUACGUAAAACCAUUUCAGUAGAGGUCACCCCAGUUAAUGAUGAAAAACCAGUGCUGAGCAAGAAGGCUGAAAUUGCAAUGAAUAUGGGUGAAACUCGUAUUAUUUCCAGUGCUAUUCUUUCAGCCAUAGAUGAAGACUCGCCCAGGGAGAAGAUUUACUAUGUAUUUGAAAGGCUUCCCCAAAAUGGGCAACUUCAGCUUAAGAUAGGGAGGGACUGGGUUCCUCUCUCCCCUGGCAUGAAAUGCACUCAGGAGGAAGUGGAUCUGAACUUGCUGAGAUACACACACACCGGGGCAAUGGAUUCCCAGAAUCGAGAUAGCUUCACCUUCUACCUUUGGGAUGGCGACAACAGGUCCCCUGCUCUUGACUGUCAAAUCACCAUCAAGGACAUGGAAAAAGGUAAUAUUGUCAUCCUUACAAAACCACUCGUGGUGUCUAAAGGUGAUAGAGGUUUCUUGACAACCACCACUCUCCUGGCUGUGGAUGGAACAGACAAGCCUGAGGAACUGCUGUAUGUCAUCACCUCCCCUCCACGAUAUGGCCAGGUUGAAUAUGUUCACUAUCCUGGAGUUCCCAUUACAAGCUUCAGCCAAAUGGAUAUAGCAGGGCAGACAGUUUGCUAUGUACACAAGAGCAAGGUGACUGUCUCCAGUGACAGAUUCAGAUUCAUCAUCAGCAAUGGACUGCGGACCGAGCAUGGGGUGUUUGAGAUCACACUGGAGACUGUGGACAGAGCCCUGCCUGUGGUAACCAGGAACAAGGGGUUGAGACUGGCCCAAGGGUCCGUGGGCCUGCUUUCCCCUGACCUCCUUCAGCUGACCGACCCUGACACACCUGCGGAGAACCUCACCUUCCUCUUGGUUCAGCUCCCCAAGCAUGGCCAGCUCUACCUGUGGGGGACAGGGCUACUUCAACACAAUUUCACCCAGCAGGAUGUGGACAGCAGGAAUGUGGCCUAUCGGCCCUUAGGAGGGGACUCCCAGACUGACUGCUUUACUUUCGUGGCCACAGACAGGACAAACCAAGGCUUUGUUGUGAAUGGGAGAGUGUGGGAAGAACCUGUUUUAUUCACCAUUCAGGUAGACCAACUGGACAAAACAGCUCCUCGUAUCACACUCUUGCAUUCCCCUUCUCAAGUGGGGCUCCUGAAAAAUGGCUGCUAUGGGAUUUACAUCACUUCCCGCGUAUUGAAGGCAUCAGACCCUGACACUGAGGACGAUCAGAUCAUCUUUAAAAUUCUACAAGGCCCAAAACAUGGACAUCUGGAGAACACAACAACAGGUGAAUUUAUCCAUGAGAAAUUUAGCCAAAAGGACUUAAACAGUAAGACUAUUCUUUACAUCAUAAACCCAUCUUUGGAAGUAGAUUCAGAUACCAUGGAAUUUCAAAUCAUGGACCCCACAGGGAACUCGGCCACUCCUCAAAUUUUGGAACUGAAGUGGUCUCAUAUUGAGUGGUCACAGACCGAAUAUGAAGUCUGUGAGAAUGUGGGUGUGUUGCCCUUGGAAAUUAUCAGAAGGGGAUAUUCCAUGGACUCGGCCUUUGUGGGUAUAAAGGUCAACCAAGUGUCAGCUGCAGUUGGAAAAGAUUUCACCAUGACUCCAUCUAAACUGAUUCAGUUUGACCCAGGAAUGUCAACUAAGAUGUGGAAUAUAGCAAUUACCUAUGACGGAUUAGAGGAAGAUGAUGAGGUCUUUGAAGUAAUUCUGAACUCCCCUGUGAAUGCAGUUCUUGGCACAAAGACAAAAGCUGCAGUGAAAAUUUUGGACUCAAAAGGAGGACAAUGCCAUCCUUCAUAUUCCUCCAACCAAAGCAAACACAGCACAUGGGAGAAGGGCAUUUGGCGUCUGCUGCCCCCAGGGUCUUCCUCAUCCACCACUUCUGGUUCCUUUCAUCUGGAAAGAAGACCUCUUCCAUCUUCCAUGCAGCUAGCAGUCACCAGGGGAGACAUCCUGCGGAGCUUUGAUUCUACAGAUCUUUCUCAAAGGAAGCUUAGGACCCGUGGGAAUGGCAAAACAGUUCGUCCACUCUCUGUUUAUAGAAAUGGAACAGACAUCAUCUAUAAUUAUCAUGGGAUAGUUUCCUUGAAACUGGAGGAUGACAGUUUCCCAACUCACAAAAGGAAGGCCAAAGUAUCCAUCAUUAGUCAGCCACAAAAGACAAUCAAAGUGGCAGAACUACCUCAAGAAGAUAAGGUGGAAUCCACAACUGACUCACACUUCCCCAGACAGGACCAGGUGCCCUCAUUUCCAAAGAACUGCACUCUGGAAUUAAAAGGACUCUUCCAUUUUGAAGAAGGCAUCCAGAAGCUGUAUCAGUGCAAUGGGAUUUCCUGGAAAGCCUGGAGUCCCCAAACCAAGGAUAUGGAAGACAAAUCCUGUCCAGCCGGGUGGCACCAGCACUCAGGCUACUGUCACAUCUUGAUCACAGAGCAGAAAGGCACCUGGAAUGCGGCUGCCCAAGCUUGCAGGGAACAAUACCUGGGCAACCUUGUAACCGUAUUCUCCAGGCAGCACAUGCGGUGGCUCUGGGACAUUGGUGGGAGAAAGUCCUUUUGGAUAGGUUUGAAUGACCAAGUGCGUGCUGGCCACUGGGAGUGGAUCGGUGGUGAACCUGUUGCCUUCACCAAUGGGAGAAGAGGGCCCUCUCAACGCUCCAGGCUUGGAAAGAGCUGUGUUUUGGUUCAAAGACAAGGGAAAUGGCAAACAAAAGACUGUAGGAGAGCCAAACCUCAUAAUUAUGUGUGUUCCAGAAAACUCUACAUAUAACAGACCCUACAGGUGGCCACCUGGAAUUUGUCACCUAUUUAUUCACAGGAUCUGUGAAUAUUGCUCCAUAGAAAACAAAUUGUUAUGAUUGAGUGGGUAUACCUUUGUGAUUCUGUCCAGUGAAAAUGGAACAUUUUUAGUAGUGCCAGAAAGAUUGAUAAAUAAAUAUUUUUUACAAGAGAA